AACGUUUAGUUUGACCAAAAGUCGAACUGAAAGCUAUCGUGCACAAUAACGAAAAUCAAUUUAUUUUACCGUUAAUCAAAUCGAAGUCAACGAUCGAUCGGACUCCAAUUAAACAUGAAGUCGGCCUUAUAAGAAUGAGGCGCUAAUUAAGUGUUUUCUAGACAUAAUUAGAAGCAAAGCAAUAGCAAAACCCAAUAACAGGCUACUAAUAACAGGCUUCAAAACCCAAUAUAAGAGAGAGCCCAACACUAAAAGGCCGAAGCUCCUCUCAAGAUUCAAGUCUCAGCCGCCGCCGGCGAUACAGUUGAUUUUGUUUAUCUGGUAGUUGGAGAUGACAAUGGCCGGCGAAUCAAAAUCGGAGCUUUCUCUCCAGCAUCUCCUUCUUCUGCCGCUGUUGACGGCUGCGGAAUCCUCAGACACGAAAGAAGCGUUGCAGGUUCUCGCAUCGGCUGCGAGGUCGGAUGCCGGCCGCUCCGACCUAGCUUCUAAGAAUGUUCUCCCCGACGUUCUACGGUUCGUGCAAUCUCUCCCUUGUCCUGAACACCUCGUUUUAGCUCUUAGACUUUUGAGAAACCUGUGUGCUGGAGAAAUUGCCAAUCAGAACUCUUUCCUCGAUUUUAAUGGCGCUGGGAUUAUUUCCGCGGCUCUGGUAUCUUCGGGGCUUAACCCCGACUCGGGUCCGGUCAUAAUCCGGGCUGGAUUGCAAGUCCUGGCAAAUGUCUGCUUGGCUGGUGUUGAACAUCAGCGAGCUAUUUGGGACGAGUUCUUCCCUAAAGUGUUUAUUGCUAUUGGAAGCGUUGGAAGAAAGGAGAUUUCUGAUCCUCUGUGUAUGAUUCUGUACGCUUGUUGUGAUGGAAGCCCUGCGCUAUUUGCUCAGCUUGUUGGAGAGGAAGGACUUCCCAUUGUUGUCGAAAUCGUGAGGACGGCUUCCUUGGUUGGUUUUGAGGAAGAUUGGUUGAAGCUGUUAGUGUCCAGGAUCUGCUUAGAUGAAAAUCUCUUCCAUUCCUUGUUUCCGGGAUUAUAUCGCAUUGGCAUGUCUGAUGAUAAGGGCAAGGCUACCAACAGCAGCACUAAUUUCUCGUCCGAACAAGCUUACCUUCUGGGGAUGGUGUCAGAGAUCUUGUGUGAGAGGUUGGAGGAGAUAAGAACACUCUCAGUUGAUUUUGCACUCUGUGUUUUGGGUAUAUUCAAGGACUCUGCUGAUGUACUUGAGCAGCAUGUCUCUGGAGCCAAAUCUAAGCUUCCAACUGGGUCUGCUUCGAUCGACGUUCUCGGAUACUCGCUCACCAUUCUAAAACACAUAUGUGGCAUCGCCUUUGUGGAAGAUUCGGAAGAAGAUGUUGUUUCUUUGCUCUUGUCACGUGGACUACUGGAGACCCUUUUAGGGCUUCUUCGAGGCCUCGAACUCCCAAGCACGAUAAGGAGAGGCACGAGAGGGGAAGGAACUGAGCGAGUGGCUACUUCUUUCUCUGGUAAGCCGUGCCCUUACAUUGGGUUUAGAAGAGACAUUGUAGGAGUGAUAGGAAACUGUUCGUACAGAAGGAAGCGCGUGCAGGACCAGAUUAGGGAUGUUAAUGGGCUUCUCCUUCUGUUGCAACAAUGUGUUACGGAUGAUGAUAACCCGUUCUUGAGAGAGUGGGGAAUAUGGGCUAUGAGGAAUGUGUUGGAGGGGAAUGCUGAGAACCAGCAGGCGGUUGCUGAAUUGGAGGUGCAGGGGACUGUUCAAAUGCCUGAACUAGGAGGUCUUGGUCUCAAAGUGGAGGUGGAUCAAAAGUCGGGACGAGCAAAGCUUGUGAAUACAUCUCCAUCUUCAUUGAAACCCCCCAGCAUGAGUAGCUCCAUGGAUUUUGAUAUGUAACUUCGCGAUCGUGACUGUUCUAACUUGCUCUUUGACAUCCUGGCUACAGAAGCAGGUUGGUUUCCGGAAUCAAACUAGUCGUUGUGGACGGAGUGAAAUGGUUAGACAGCAGUAGAUGGAUUAUAGGCACAGAUGAAUUGCUUAAUCUAGUUACUUAGAUGUUAUUUUGUGGCACACGAAUGUGGAUCGGUGAUUAUGUAUCCCAUUUGAGAUUCAUGAACAGGGGUUAGAUUUGAACAUAGUAUUGGUUUCUUUGAUUCUAGCUUGAAUUUCAUUGCAAUCCAUCAUGUUCCAAUUGCCGAAAACCGGAUGGUAGAUUUGGCCUUUGUCCGAUUUCAAUCAUCCGAACCAUGCUGCAGUUUUGCUAGGUUUUCAUGCUCAGAUGCUUGUUCAUAGUCCAUAAGUACUAGACACAACUGUGUUCUUCAGUCUUGGAAUUCAUUGCUGAUGUGAAAAGGUACCCAGGAUAGUUACACACAGUGUAGUAGCAGUUUAGUACCUUAUUAUAAGAACGAAGAUGAGAAAGUCGAUCACUUUAUUAGAUUAGCAACAAUCCUAAUUAGAUGGUUGGACACAAUAUUGUAGCAGUUUAGUACCUUUUUAUAAGAACGAAGGUGCGAAAAUCGCACGAAGAGCGCAUGAAACAAAAUUGUAGAAUGUAU